AUGCGGAUGCUGAGGUGGACGAUAGGUGUAACGCUAAAGGACAAAGUAUCCAACGACACUGUACGCUCCAUCUAUCUCGGCGUCGUCCCGAUAACUGAGAAGAUGAAGGAGGCGCGACUGAGAUGGUUUGGUCAUGUCUUGCGGCGAGAGGAAAAUUCUGUUGCCAAAACCGCUCUGAAGCUCGACGUUUUAGACGGGAGGUCAACGAUUCGCUGGCUGGGCUAUGUGAAGUUGGAUACGAUAGAUGCGCGUUUCGAAGGCUGA